CCCUUACUGGUUCUUGCACACCUUCUCUGACUUGUAUUUCUCAACCUUUCUUGGACUAAAAUCUUGGAACUUUGGAAGUAUUUGUACACUGAGCCACUAAAUAUACGCAUUUUUAACUAAUCUGAUUGAUUAAUCAUUGUAAAUUUCUGCUCAUAAACUCUCUUCCUGUCUGUAAAUUCUUUUUUUGUGUUGAAGAAGACUCCCCUCCCCCCCAUGUUACGUUUCCGCCUUGGUGACCUCAAUUCAGCUCAUUCGUCCCUCCCUCGAUCAUUCAUUGCUUGAGAUCUGUGAUUCUCUUCUCCCCACUGGGUAUUCUUCAAAACACCUGCUUUCUAAGUUGAAGUAGAGUGUUUGUUUUGCGCUGAAAUGCAAAUAUGGUGGUAAAAGGAGGCAUAUCCGAGUACAGAGAUCGACUUGAUAAGACCUUGCUGUCUCAAGAUCUUGUAAAUGAGGAUCUACUUAAGGGCCUUGUUAAGAGUCAGAUCAUUAGCUCGUUAAACAUUGAGAAUGAAGAGUGUAUUGACAAUGUCGUAGAGAGAAGAACCAAGGAAGUACAAAACGUUCUUGGCAUGUUGAGGAGCACCUCAGUAACGGAUGGCGAGAAGUCGAAAUCCUCUGAGCCAUCACACGGUUGGAAAAUAAAGCAGGAUAGUGAAGAAUUCCGGGUUAUGUAUAGAGAAGGACCCGAAGGCACACCUUUUCAUACACUUCUUGUUGAAGGCUAUGUCGAUGGCCCGGUUGAUGUUUGUCAUUGCAUCUCUUGGGAAGCAGACUUAUACAAGAAAUGGUUGCCGCAAAGUACUAUACCGACUUUUAAGAUAUCCUUCACUCAGUGUUUGCAGAAGAUCAGAAUCGGUGAACAGAUAUCUUUAGUAAGGAUGAAGCUUUCAUGGCCGUUAUCAUCGAGGGAAGCUCUUUUGCAUUACUUUGAAUUUGAUUACUUUCAAGAUGGCCUUGUUAUAGUGCUCCUAAACUCCAUUUCAGACGUAGAGGGCGUUGAUAUAAGUACUCACGGAUUCUCCAAAGACGGGAUACCUGAUGCACAAGAUGUGGUAAGAAUUGAUGUGGUGGGAGGUUUUGCCAUGCAGAAAGUUACCGCUAAUCGGAGCUACUUCCGGACCAUCGCAAACCUCGAUAUAAAAUUGGAUCUUGUUCCUCCAGCGUUCAUAAAUUUUAUUUCGAGGCAGCUCAUAGGUAGCGGAUUCAAGCUAUAUAAGAAGGAAGUUGCUUCAGUUACGAGAGGCGACGAAGAUUUUAGCAAGGCUUUAAAAGAUCCACUGUACAGUCGAGUACGCGAAGCUCUAUAUUCAGAUCAUACGUGUAAUGGGGCUCCCGUGCUGGAAAACUUGACGGGAAACAGUGAUAAACAAGCAAAGGAUGAAAGUCGAGACGAAAAUGUGAAUAUGGACCAUAUUGUGAUUAAUUCACCAGCAGGUGGAAAUGAAAAUGUUUCUUGUGAGAUUGAGGAAAUUGAUGAAGAAGAUGGCGAGAAGAGCGAGAAUUUACCCAAGGACGAUAGGGAACAGUGUGAUUCCCCGAGCAAUCCCGUAUUACACAAGUGUUUCAACAGCAAAAGCAACGAGGUUGUUAUUAGUCGUGACGUCCAACAAGCACUGGCAACACUAGAAAAGGCCAUUGCUUUCAUACGCGAAAAUCAGUUGGAUCUGGAUGCCCGGCCCUCUUGUGGAGCCAACGCAAAGAAACCACUAGGCACGGUGGACAAGCACGAUGUAGAAGAAGUAAAAUUUUCAGCUGAAUUACCCGGAAAGGAAUCAACCGAAACAACCUCCUCGUAUGAACAUAGUAACAGCUACAGCAGUCGCGGCUCGAGGCGUAUAAGCUCUAGCUUGUGCACGAGGGAAACGAACCAUAAUAAGAUCGCACCAGCUUCACCAGACGUUUAUAUUGCCAAUCCUAGCGAGACUCGAGACGUUGUUUCACAUUCCCCAGAAGAUCAAAGAGAAGAGGAGACAAUUUUGGAGAAAACAUUGAAGAGUGAUCAUUUAAGCAACAUCACUAGUGAGAAUCGCAUUGGUAGAAAAAAACCCAGAAAACUGAAGAACAGGUGUUUUUCCUUUCUUCCUGGGAGGGGAAUUGCUUAAGAAAGUAGCCUCUCUGAAUUGCAUCAUGGAGAAAUAUAGGGUCAAAAUCUCUUGGAUCAAGUUAUUAUAUAUGGUUACAGAUUGUCAGAGUUGUAGGUAUAUAUAUAUAUGUAUCUAAAGUUCAAUAGGAAAGCUUAUUUGAUCAUAAAUGGAUUCGAAAAUGUAAUCUUAUAAACAAAAUUUUGGAGUCCUCAUCCAGGGCUGAAAUCUUGGUGUUUUUUUUUUU